AUGUCGCCAUCGUUGCGCCGUCUCUGCUUCGUGCUGCCGAUGGACGUCGACGAGGCCGCGCCACCGGCGUCCCACCCGCCGCGGCGCAGCCGGGUGACGUCCCUGGACCUCGAGGCGGCCGGGUCGUACGUCCGCGCCACGGCCGGUCGCCUGCUGUCGUGCCUCUGCCUCCGCCGCUACCGGCCCUGCUGCUGCGGCGGCGCGGACCGGUGCCACGACUCGUCGGGGAUGCCGGUGGCGUUCGAGGACAUCGCUGGCGUGCAGCACCUGGAGGUGUCGCCGUCGCCGACGUCCCUGCGUCUGUCGUCGUCCUCUGCCUCGGCCUCGGCCAACUACCAGUUCCGGCUCAUGGACACCAGCCGCAUCGGCGGGACCAUCGGGUACCUGCCGCCCGAGAGCUUGCAGCGCCGGGCCACCGGCGGCACCGCCAAGUCCGACGUCUUCAGCUUCGGCAUCGUGCUCCUCGAGGUGGCCACGGGGCGGCGCGCCGUCGACCUGGCGUACCCCGACGACCAGAUCUUCAUGCUCGACUGGGUGCGCCGGCUGUCCGACGAGGGGAAGCUGCUCGACGCCGCGGACGCGAAGCUGCCGGACGGCGGCGCCGGCGCGCUGUUCGACGUCGGAAGGGUCAUGCACCUCGGCCUCCUCUGCUCGCUGCAUGACCCCAGGGCGCGUCCGACCAUGAGGUGGGUGGUGGAGAACCUCUCCGACGGUUGCUCCGGCGGCGACCUCCCGCGUCUGCCGUCGUUCGUGGCGCUCCCGAAGUACAUCUCCCUCACCACGUCGUCGUCCUCUGACUCCGGCGCCACGACCGUCACCACCGACAGGAGCACGGCGACGACGUCUCUGUCCAAGCCCGUCUACGCCACCGCGGCUGCGGACACCAUCUACCACACCGCAGAAGACGGGAGUAGGGCCGGCUCCAGGUCCGCGUCCGCUGACUCCGGCCGGCGGUCGUCGUCGCGGCUAUCUCCCGUGGCGGCGAUCCCGCACGUGGACAUGCCGCGUGAGAUAUCCUUCAAGGAGAUCGUCGCCAUCACCAACGACUUCUCCGAGUCGCAGGUGGUCGCGGAGCUGGACUUUGGGACAGGGAAAGUCCAGCUCUUUGAGCAGCUGGACCGUCCAGUGGAGGCGCUGGCGGACCGGCGGCUGGACGGCAAGUUUGACCGUCGGGAGUUCGUGCGGAUGGCUCGGCUUGGCAUGGCGUGCACCCGGUCAGACCCAGCGGCGCGGCCGAGCAUGAGGAAGAUAGUGAGCAUUCUGGAUGGCAACGACGAAGUGCUGGACAAGUUCGAGCAGAGGAAGGAGAGCACGGAGGACUGGCAGAUGAGGAACGCUACUAAUCUUGCUCUAGUAAGGAGAUUUCAGGCUCUUGGAAUACACUGA